GGCUUAAUGUACUUUACCUUUGAUAGCAACAGAUUUGACCUCAAGCACGGCUUUGCGAUACUAAGUGCGUCUCAUGUAGGGCUGUUGGUAAAAGUUACUGGUGUAGAUUCAAAGCGCAGCUUAUUUUCAGCUUGUUUCCAGGAGAGUGAAGCCCGUUUGACUCAGUCAGUGUUCUGCAGCUGCAGGGUUUCACCGUCGCCAUGAACUCCACUAUCAGGGUAUCGUGAGGCACACGACAGCAGGGGGCGGGGCGCAAACUAUCUUAGAGGGCUUUAAACUCUUUGGUGUCCGCACCCUGCUCAGAAGGAGCCGACACAGGACCGUCAGCUAUGGCGCUGGAGCUCUACCUGGACCUGUUCUCGCAGCCCUGCCGCUCCGUGUACAUUUUCGCCAAGAAGAACAACAUCAGCUUCGACUUCAAGAAGCUUUCUCUGCUGGACGGCGAGCAGUAUGGGGAGGACUUUGGGAAGAUCAGCCUGAUCAGGAAGGCCCCAGCUCUCAGAGAUGGAGACUUCUGCCUGGCUGAAAGCAUUGCUAUCAUGUUGUACCUGGCUGAGAAGUUUAAGACUCCCGACUUCUGGUACCCAGCUGAUCUCCAACAGCGUGCUCGUGUCAAUGAGUACCUGUCGUGGCAGCACACGGCCAUCCGGAUGCACGGCUCCAAGAUCUUCUGGCUCCGGGUACGUUCACCUUCACUGAUCUUUCUUAUGAUUCCCAAGGUCAUGGGCGUGGAAGUCCCGGAGGACAAAAUGAACGCGGCCUUGGACGAUCUGAACUCCUCCCUGAAACUCGUUGAAGAAAAGUUCCUCCAGGACAGGCCCUUUAUCGCUGGAGAUCAGAUUUCACUGGCUGAUCUGGUCGCCAUUGUGGAGAUCAUGCAGCCUGUGGGCGCCGGCCUGGACGUGUUUGAGGGGAGACCCAAGCUGAGUGCGUGGCGGGACAGAGUCCAGGAAGCUAUUGGAAAGGAGCUCUUCGAUGAGGCACACCAGUAUAUCCUGGGAGCACAGGAGAGUGUGAAAACUAUGGAUUCCAACAAGAUGCAGUUCUUCAAGCCCAAGAUCCUCAGGCUCUUCAUGUGAACAGGAUGGCACUGAUUCUGGCCAAACGACUUGGAUUCAUCUCGUAUGUGUCAAUACAACAAAUGCACAUAGUGUCUUACAUGUAUGUCUGUACUAACAGGAUAAUGUAGUAUGCAUUCCAGAUGUUUCAAGUAAACUCAGUAAACUCUUGUUACAUAAGUGCAGGGCUGCUCCAUGGAGACAGGCAGACAUGGCUCUGCAGACCUGCUUAUGUAACAGAGGAAUGUGAAACAUGAGCUUUCAGAAUAAAUGCACAGUUAUAAAAGUUCAGUCCUCAUGUAUAAUGAACCUGCUGUUAAUCUUCCUUCAAGCCUUAAUAAACUGUCUGCAGCACUCUGUCA